AUGCUCUGCCAGACAGAUGUACCAUUUCUUGCUUCCGAAAUCGGCGGUGACUGGGGCGAUCGUCCAGAGAACAUUCUCAUGUCGACAGUGAACGGGCGUCUCAAACCGUCCGAGACUCCCUACUCAGACGACCUCCUCAGGCUUCUCGAGACUUUCGAAUGGCCGGGGUGUGAUGUUAGCGGUGAUAGCGUAACGGACAAGCACAUCAACGCGGCGGGCGAUGAAGUUGGCAAUUGGACCGGGACGCCCCCAGGCGGUGGUAUGUCGACACUAUGGAGGAAGGUUCGGCAGCACCGGGACCCCCGGGGCGGCAAGCCUGCUGGCUGGUACCGGCGGCUGGAUGUCUCGUGGAAAAAACCUGAGCGACUCAUGCCGUUUGAGUAUUUCCGCGAGUAUGCUCCAGUUCCACCUCGAGGCGAUCGGGAUCCUGAACGUGGCGACGCUCCAGGAGAUGCCGUCUAUCCACCGGGAGAUGAUGAGGGAGCCCCAGAAGAUGUAGAGGUAGAGAUAGAGGAGGAGGUAGAGGCGGAGGAAGGGGAAGAGGAAGAAGGAAAGGGAGAGGGAGAGGAAGAGGGAGGGGAAGAGGGAGAGGAAGAGGGAGAGGAGGGGGAGGAGGAAAUAGAAUCACCGUGCAAGGUCUGCGCGCGCAUAAGACCAGAGACGCCACCCCUACCGGACCUACCGGAAAAAGAAGUUAUCAUGAACCAGCUCAACCGCCUGCGAAUGUUUCAUGACAUACGGCCCGCGCUCGAAAUCGCAAGCCUCGAAUACGACGUCCCGACAAUGAUGGACGUGCACCGAUAUCCGCCUGCGGCCCCGGUCCCGCCGCCGCCCGGAGGUGGUGGGGAUGACGAUGACGAUGAUGGGAGUGAUGGUGUGGAUAGUGCUCCUGAUGAUCAGGAAGGGGCCGGAAGAGAAGGGCGACGACGACUAUCGGCCCUGAGGUCGGGACCGUUAAAUGGAAGUACAAUAUCCAUUUGUGCUAUAGUUUCCGCACAGGGGGCGGUACCGUCAUAG